CUCCGUAGUCCCCACCCGGGAGACGGCCAGCAAUGGGCGAAGUUCAGUGGGCAGAAGCAAAGAGAAGAACAAGGAGGUUGAGAAUUUCAGAAAUUGAAAAGGGAUAAGAGGAAGGAGAAAAUGCUGGGCUGGUGUGAAGCGAUAGCGCGUAACCCUCGCAGGAUCCCUAACAACACGCGGACCCCCGAGGGCUCAGAGGAGUGGGCUGACGCCUCGCAAACCUCCACACUGAAUGACAAAUCCCCAGGGCGAUCUGCAAGUCGAUCAAGUAAUAUUUCAAAAGCGAGCAGCCCGACCACAGGAACAGCUCCCAGGAGCCAGUCAAGGUUGUCUGUCUGUCCGUCCACUCAGGACAUCUGCAGAUCUGCCAUCUUACAUGACAUGUCAGAAGCCUCACUUGAGCAAAGCACCCCGGUCGUGGUGCUGAGCCCUGCUAGGAAGGAGUCUGGUAAGAAAUCAGUAAAACAGAGGCCUAGGAGGAGGAGGAGGGCUGCUCUGAGGUACAGGCACACAGAAGAACAAGUGAAAGGGAGAAGAAAGGAUUUUCACCUCCAAAUCCCCAGCCACCGAUGGAGUGAGACUGACACAGAUUCUUCAGAUUCAUCUUCCACCGAUGAGAGUCACUGGAUUCAGGCAAAAAGAAGAGCCCAAGUGAAGUUCCGCCUGUCUCGGAGAAGGAGAAAUAAGAAACCAAGUGGAAACUUGGAUGAGUCUUCCGCUCCUAAUGAAAUCCAUCCAGUAUAUUUGGGAUCUGAAGGUAAAAAGCGCCCGGAACUGACCGAGUGCGAGAGCUACUCUUUAAAUCUCCACAGAGGAAAAGGCACAACAUACCAAGGAUGCAGUGUUUCCCUGCCAAGACGGUCCUCUGACAUCAAGAGACCCUCAAGGAAGCAUGAGGAAAGCAGAGGCAGGUACCACCACAGGGAUCCUCAGCUCUUGCACAGGCUUGGGCAAAAUGAAACAAUCAAGAGAAUAUUUUCAGAGACAGAUUCCAGCACUGAAAUGCUGGCAGUCAAAGAAGGUGUCAAGACUGUGGAGCCCGCAGGAUUCCUUCAGGAGCCUCCUGCCACCUACCAUGAUGGGUCUGAUCAUUUAAAAGCAUGCAGGAUCUGUCACUGCGAAGGGGAUGAGGAGAGUCCUCUCAUCACGCCCUGCCGCUGCACGGGCACCCUGCGCUUCGUGCACCAGGCCUGCCUCCACCAGUGGAUCAAGAGCUCUGACACGCGCUGCUGUGAGCUAUGCAAGUACGACUUCAUCAUGGAGACCAAGCUCAAGCCCCUCCGCAAGUGGGAGAAACUGCAGAUGACCAGGAGCGAGAGGAGGAAGAUAUUCUGCUCUGUCACCUUCCACGUCAUUGCCAUCACCUGCGUGGUCUGGUCUUUGUACGUGUUGAUUGAUCGGACAGCGGAGGAAAUCAAGCAAGGCAAUGAUAACGGUGUCCUUGAAUGGCCAUUUUGGACAAAACUGGUUGUGGUGGCCAUCGGCUUCACGGGAGGUCUGGUCUUCAUGUACGUACAGUGCAAGGUCUACGUUCAGCUGUGGCGCAGGCUGAAGGCCUACAACCGCGUGAUCUUUGUGCAGAACUGCCCCGACAUGGCCAAGAGGCUGGAGAAGAGCUGCUCCUGCACGGUGAACACGGACGCCAAGGACGCCGGGGCAGUGCCUGCCUUACAAACGGGGACCAACGCACCGCCACCUUCGGAGGGCGGCCCCCCCGAAGUCAUACCCGUGUGA